AUGGCUGCUGGUUUACGCAAAGUAUACGUUGUUGGUGUUGGCAUGUCCAAGUUCAUCAAGCCUCGUGGCGAGGUGGAUUAUCCUGAAUUCGGCCUUGAAGCUGCUGUCAAAGCAUUGAACGACGCCAAGUUGAAUUAUGAUCAAGUCGAAUACGCAACAUGCGGUUAUGUAUACGGCGACAGCACCUGUGGCCAGCGUGUCUUGUAUCAGCUUGGCAUGACUCAAAUCCCUGUCAUUAACGUCAACAACAACUGCUCUACUGGUUCCACUGCUUUAUUGCAAGCUCGUCUUGCUGUAGCAUCAGGUCUUGUUGACUGUGCAAUGGCUCUUGGCUUUGAGCGCAUGGCAAGAGGUUCUUUGACAAGUGCCUUCCAAGAUCGUACCAACCCCAUGGAUCACGUGUUCAGCGUGAUGGCUGGUGAACGUGGAUUUGAACCAAAGGCACCUGGUGCUGCUCAAAUCUUUGGCAAUGCUGGUAUCGGCUAUAUGGAAAAGUAUGGUGCCACGGAGGAGCAUAUGGCCAAGAUUGCCGAAAAGAACCAUCGCCACAGCUCUCUCAACCCCUACUCGCAAUUCCGUGAUGUUUACACCCUUGAUCAAAUCAAGCAAUCCCCCAAGAUUUAUGGCCCCUUGACCAAGUUGCAAUGCUGCCCAACGAGUGACGGUGCCGGUUGUGCCAUUGUUGCAUCUGAAGAGUUUGUCAAAAAGCACAACUUGUGGGAUCAAGCUGUUGAAAUUUGUGCUCAAGUCAUGGCAACCGAUUCUCCACGCAUGUUGACGACCGAUGCUAUCGAGUGGGCUGGUGCUGACAUGACACGUCGUGCUGCUACUGAAGCCUAUGCUAAGGCUGGCAUUACCCCUAAUGAUGUUCAAGUCAUUGAACUCCAUGAUUGUUUCUCAGCCAACGAGCUUCUUACCUAUGAUGCCCUUGGCCUUACUCCCCCUGGCAAAGCACACACUUUGAUUGAUUCCGGUGACAACACCUAUGGUGGAAAAUACGUUGUGAAUCCCUCUGGUGGAUUGAUCUCCAAGGGCCAUCCAUUGGGUGCCACUGGUUUGGCUCAAUGUACAGAGUUGACAUGGCAACUCCGAGGAUGGACCGGUGAUCGUCAGGUACCCAAUGUCAAAUAUGCCCUCCAACACAACGUUGGCUUGGGCGGUGCCGUUGUUAUUACCAUCUACAAGAAGGCCAAUGCUAACAAGUGUGCACCCCAUGUUGGUUACAACCCUGCUGUUGAAGCCAAACCUAUCUCGCAAGAGGAUUAUGACAAGGCUUGUUCCAAGACCAACAACCGAUCAUCUUUGCUUGAAGCCAAGCUCUAA